AUGAUCCAACCCAGUAAAGCCAAGAGACUGUUCUCUUCUCGCGGUGACCGUAACAAACCAAUCAACCCGGCGCGUCCUACCCGGAUCUUCAGUGAAGUGGACGAAGAUUGCGAGUCACUCAAGAGCAAGAACAAAUGGUACAGGCGUGCGUUCUCCGCAGCGUGUCCAAGAUUCAAGCAACUCCUUUCGUCUCAACAACGGUCCAGCACAUCGACAAGCGAUGCUCCUACCCUAUCACGCAAGCUCCGCCGGAGAUUCACACCCGCAAGGCAGAACGAGAACUUCAAAAGGAUGGUCGCUGUCUCCUUAUGGGACGAAGAUCGCCGUCAAUGGUCAAAACCCAAUCCUGGUAUCGUUCUAGUGGACACGCAGAGCAAGUACAACUUGAUCACUCUCCAAUUUCUUGCGGAAUUUGGGUUGGCACCGAGCCCCAGCUCCGAACCAAUCAGCAUAACCCUCAGCAACAAUACCGAGGUGCCAUGUCUCGGUCAGGUUGAGGCAAGAUGGUACUGCAGCGAUCCUCGAAAGGUCCCCAGCUUCCGACCCCGAUUCGAAAAGUCGAUUUUCCAGGUGGUGGACCUCGACACGUUCGAACUCGUUAUCGGGAGUGAUACAAUCGUAGAGCUGGGGCUCUUGCAAGGAAACCGCGAUUUCUUCGGUGCUUAUCGGACUUUACAGCCUCGAGUCGAUUCUGCCACACUCGCUCAAAAACAAAGAGAGGCUGAAGAGAGACGCAAGAAAGAGAAAGAGAAGAUGAGGCAAUAUGAACAGCAGCAGGCACAAGCAGCCGCGGCUCGGAGACCCUGA